AUGAUCAGCGUCUACGCCUACGCCGGCGGCGGUGGCGCGGAGCACCAGGAAGUCAAGCCGGAACCGGCAGCAGCAAGGCGGGGCGCCGCGCCGCGAGUCCGCCGCUACAAGGCUUGGGGGGGUGUACCGAAGAAGAAAGCGGAAACUGGGAAGACCACGAUGAUUUCGACGGUCGGAUUUUUUAAGGUAGAGCCAACGGAGAAGCGGUCCAGUAGCAGUACCAACCAUGGCGAGCCGGAUGUGGUACGGGUAGCAGCCACCGCGGAGGGCGUGGGAGAGCGAGCAGCCUCGCGGACGGCGGGGCUCUCUCCGGCGGUCUGCCGACGCAGUAAAUCAGCUCGUUCGACAAGCGACGGCGGCGGCAGCGAGAUGGCUGAUACCCAUGAACAGGCACACGCUGACGAAUCGAACGUGAUUCCUCGCGGCGCAACUAGUAUCCGUAGGCGGGACGACUCCGAGGCAGAUCCGCGUGGCGGAGAAGAGCACGGGGUAGCAGCAGCCGAUAACGCCCAGGGCCUCCCCCCGCGGAAAGGGGGGGCGAAACUUGAGGUGGCCAGAGUUAGGACGGAUGAUGAUGGCGCCGGCGUCCAAAGACGGCCGAGCGAGCGGUGCAAGGCGACCGAUGACGUCGCCCAAAACGCCUCCUGCGGGUUUCCACGGAGCUCGAGCGACGUUUGCUCGAAGCACCGAAGAACGCUCCGCUUGAGCCCCGACCGCCAGAGGCUCCUUCCUGACCGGACUUGCGGGGCUCCUCGUGCGGUAGAGGCGGUGGGGGGAGACAACAGCGGCGGCGGCGGCGGCGGCGUGUCGAGGGAUCGCGUUCUGGGCAAGCGUUGUGCUGGCGGCCGGGUUGCCUUGCAGGGAACGGUAGACGACAGCGAACGACGGCCCGCUCGGAAGAAGGCCAAAAGGGCAGACGUUGGUACCAGGGGCGACGUUGAUGGCGGCGGCGGCGGCGGUGGCGGUGUUGGUUGUGGUCAACCUGUGUCAGAGAAGGAAGUUAACGUGCUCGGGGUGCCAAAUCCAGGCGGCUGGGGAGAGGGAGGGGCCAAUGAGCACGGCGGGUGGAGGUUUCCAACGGUAGUGUUUGACGGGGAAUGCUUUCAAGGUGUGAUUUUUGGUGUAUGA